AUGCACAUUGCCGGAAUGCGUGAGCGCAACACCGCUGGUGGCGGGGCUUUGGACGCAAUCUCUGCAUUCAGGUUCAACUGGAAGCUGGAUGGUACUACGGACCCAAUUCUGAGAAAGUUGUGCCACAAAGACCUUCGAUAUGUGCUGACGCGCUACGACGGCUCGAAGGAUUUGCCGGCUCUCAUCCAGGAGGCUGUGGAUUCCGACCCGGACCUGGCUUCAGCGGAAGGAGCAGCAGUCCGAGCCCCUGGAUGCACGGCUGUUGGCAGAUUCCACCGAUUGGAGCUAAUUGAUCCAACGGCGGAUUCGGCUGUCUUCGGAGAUGCCAACCUGAGCUUUGCAGUGAACUUGGCGAGGCACCGAAAG